UCUGACAUUUUCUCAUUUACUUCGAAAACACACGUGUAUUUUUUAAGGUUUUCACGGUGAAGAAUAAAUUUAUUUGAAGUAAAUUAUAAAUAAAUAUGUCUGCGAUUAAGAAAAAACGUAUUUCAAAGAAAACAAAGUCAGCAUGGCGUAAAACAGAUAUUAAAGAUGUAGAAGAAUUUUUGGAAGAGCAACGACAGGAUGAACGUGUUGGGUCAUUUGCAGAAAAAAAGGACGAUGAAUUGUUUUUGGUGGAUGCUACACCGCUUAAACAGAAACCGGUCAUUCUGACAGAAAAACAAAAAAGAAAAUUAAACGCUAAAAAACCAUUGCGUUCAUUGGAGGCUUUAAACAACACAUCUAAAGUGCAAGAUCCAAUUGUCAAAAGAAAUCGGGUUCGGCAGAAGAAGAGUGGUCGUGUCAUUGAAGAAGAGGUUCGAAAUCCAACUAAACCUCGACAUUUCCAAGCAAAUAAAGAUAGGGAGCGUUACUACCAAACUCUAGAAAAAAAACUAAAGAAAGAAGAGGAGUUAAGCAAAACUGCAAAAGACGUGUGGGCAGAAGAAGAUUUCCGAGACAAAAUGCCUGGUUUAAAAGAUGAGAAAGGAUGGAUAAGCAGAGAAUUAGCACUACACGUGACAAAGAAUGUUGGUAAACCAGUAAUAAAAGUGCACGAUAGCAUACGUCAUCGCACAACAAAAGCAAAAAAAUUCGUGGCUCCACAUGCGGGUUUGAGUUAUAAUCCAUCAUUGGAUGACCACCAAGCACUGCUUAAAGAAGUUGUAGAACGAGAAGAAAAAAUCAUAAAAGAGAAAACCCACUUGAAAAGAGUUACAACUCAAAUGUUUUCGAAAGUUACACCAGAGGAACGAGAUACACGACGAUUGGAGGAAAUGCGUUCAGGUUUAGAUGAUGAUAGUGAAGGGGAAGCAAACGAGGGAACAGAAGUCGAGGAAUAUAAAACUAUAAAUCCCCCAGUAGAGAAUAAAAAAAAGAGUAAACAGUCAAGGCGAAAAGAAUUACAACAAAAGGAAUUACAGAAAAAGCAAGCAGAGAAAAAAGCUUUAAAAAAACAAAUUGCCGACUUAAACAGGAUAAAAUCUAUUAAAACUGAAGUUAUCGCCGAAGAGGAGGCAUUAAAUGCUUUAAAAAAGCAUCGUAAAAAGGUUGAACUCAAGAAGAAGUUCGAAACAAAACGGUUGGGACGACUUAAAUAUGUGGAUCCAGAUAUAGAUGUCAAUAUGCCUGAGGAUAUUGCUGGCAAUCUACGCAAUGUGAAGCCAGAAUCUAGUUUAUUGGUGGACCGAUUUAAAAACUUCCAAAAACGAAACAUUUUACCUGUAAGCGUUGCCACUGGCAAGCAGAAAUCAAAGAAAGUAAAACGUUUUCCACGAAGUUCGCACAAAGAUCCUGGAGUAUCGUUUCAAAUGCUCAGAGAACAGCGUAAAACUGGGAAAUCAUAAUGGGAAUAUUAUAUGAAUAGUCAUAGUAAUUAAAAACAUAAUUGAAGUAAUAAAAAUUGAAUUCAAUAUAUUCUGACAUAAAACUAAAA